UGUAACUGCAGAAAUAUGUUCAGAUUUAUCUGUCUGGCUCUCUCUUUGUCCUGCUUAGCAUCUGAAUUUUAUCAGUAAUACACUAGAAAAUGAGUGUAAAUAGUUUGUGGAUAAAUUCUAAUACAAACGGAUAUGCUAGGCGAAAUUAACACUAUUGCUUGCGGCUGCUUGCUGUCGUGGUUGCGCACCUGAUUGGUACUACACAGGUUCAGGACAAGGUUAAGCUUAUGCGUAUGCUUCCUUGCUUCCUGGUGCGCUAUGUUUGAAAUAAUGUGAAAUUCCUACAGCCUGCACUUUGAAAGAUCUGCAUCUUUAUUGUCUAUAAAACUGUUUAUAUUUCAGUCUAAAGAGUACAUGUGAACUGAAAAAAGAGUAGUUUAAUUCAUGUUAAUGCUGCACCUUAUGGUCUUGUACAUCAGUAUAGUAUAGCAUUAUGUAAUAAGCAUCCAUUUGAUUCAUGUAUUCGAUUGCCUUAUAUAAAAUACAGAAUGGAGGGGGAUUUGAUCCAUAUCAAAAUGCAUCAUGGGGGUACAUUUUCAAUGGAAGGACCACUUACUUAUGAUGGUGGCGAAGUGUCUAUUUUUCGAGACUGUGACAGUGAGCGUACAUCGUAUUUUCGUCUAGUUCACAUGGCUAAAGACGUAGGUUUCAAGGAUGGUGAUGAGUUAUAUUAUACAGUCCCUGGUUGUAGUCUUGACGAAGGAAUUGAUUUAAUUCAUGAUGACAAUUCUGUCAUUAAGAUGUUGAACUUUGCAAAGAAACACAACUUUGCAGACAUCUAUCUUAAACAUAAAGACCAUGAAAAUAUGUCUGCUGAUCCAAGAUCUGGUCUGCGCACUAAUGAGAAACUUCCAGCUGAGAAAACCAAGUCAAAGGAGGCUAAAUUGACAUCGAAAAAGAGAGACAAGAGAACAUGGACAGCGGAGGAGGAGAGGUUGCUUAUUGACAUUCUACAUAACAUGAAUGAUUCUUCUUGGAAAGUAGAUACUGGCCACAAGUCUGGAUAUCUGACCUACAUUGAGAAGGAAAUGGCUAAAGUGCUGCCACAUGCUGAUCUUAAAGCAGAUCCACAUAUCAAGUCUAAAGUUAAGAUUUUGAAGAAGCAACUUUCAUAUGUUCUGGAAAUUAUGCAAAAUGGUAGUGGGUUUGGAUGGGAUGAUGAGAAGAAGAUGGUAACUAGAGAUAGGGAGACGUAUAUGGGCUGGGCAAAGUCUCGUGAGGGAGUAGGUCCUUUGUACAUGAAGCCUAUGGUUAACUUUGACAAGCUAUGUGAGGUAUAUGCUACUGAUUUAGCUAAAGGAGGGAGUGCUAAAGGUCCGGGUGAAGAAGAAAUAGUAGAAGAUGGAUCAACAGUAGAUGCACAACCUACCAGCAAACCAGCCAAGGAGAAUCUUCCUGAAUUAAAUGAUACAAGCCCAUCCGGUGGUUCUAGGCAUGGUCGUAAGAGAACAUACCCUGAUGAUGAAGCACUUGAGUCAGGUCUUGCAAGUGUGUCGAAUACAAUUGCAAAGUUCUUGGAAGCUGACCAGGAGAAUGCUAAAACCAUGAAUGGUUUACAGAGGGCAUUUAUGCAUGAAUCGCAUGUUCAUGAGCAAACAUCAGCCAAUAGAACCAAGUUACUUGAUAUUCUCCAGAAUCUUAAGGGUCUCACAACCGAAGAGGUUGUAAUGGCUAUCCGUGUCAUUGGUGGUGAUGCUGGAAAGACAGAACUUUUCAUCAAUUUGCGUGAUGAUUACAAAGUGGUGUUUGUUCGUCAGGAGCUUGACGCGGCCAAAAAAUAAUUGAAUAUUCAGAUCUACAAUUCUGGAUUCUUAGUUUCAUUUUUUAGCUCAGGACUACUCGUUUUCUUUUAAACUCGUCAGUAAGAACAUUUGGUGCUUCCCAAUUUAUUUUACAUUGCCAUUUCCUAUAUAGUACACUAGUAGUACAUUUAUGGAAAUAUGCUGAAUGAUUGGUUCAUGCUAGUGCUGUAAGAAAAGGAUAUUUUCAUC